AUGAAAAGAAAACAAACAAGCGUUCAACAAUACGGAGAAGUUAAUCAAUUGGGUGGAGUUUUCGUGAACGGACGUCCACUCCCCAACACGGUACGAAUGCGCAUCGUGGAAUUAGCACAAUUAGGAAUAAGACCGUGUGAUAUAUCACGUCAGUUGAGAGUUUCACACGGAUGCGUUAGUAAAAUACUUGCGAGAUUUCACGAAACGGGAUCAAUAUUGCCGGGUGCCAUAGGAGGAAGCAAACCGAGAGUCACGACUCCCAAAGUCGUGUCUUACAUAAAAGGACUCAAACAAAAAGAUCCCGGGAUAUUCGCAUGGGAAAUACGAGAUCGACUCCUAUCGGAUGGUAUCUGUGAUAAAUAUAACGUCCCCUCGGUUAGUUCAAUAAGUAGAAUAUUAAGGAAUAAAAUCGGAGCUUUGGUUCAUCAUCACCAUCAUCAUCAUCAUUCUGGUCCGCCGCAUCCGAGUCACUUGUACAAUUCCCUGUAUUCGUCGUACACGUACACGGGUGCGAGUGGCGGUCCACCGCCGAGUCAUCAUCAACCGUUAGGAUCAACGAAAUUACCAUCGUCGCCGCCUCCUCCGCCAAGCAGUCACGCUCAUUUUCCGAGAGCUCCACCUUCUCACUGCUGGCCGAGUUCUCAUUCGGUGACGGACAUAUUGGCGGGAGCUCAUCACGCGGCCGCGGCCGCUGCCGCCGCCGCCGGAUUCAGAGCUCAAGCGGCUCAACAUUCUCCGAUACCCGCGACAACGAGUCAAAUCCCUCCAACGGCAAAUCCGACGUCUCCCCAAAAUUAUAAUUAUUACAUGUAUUUGCAAGGAUGCUCACCACCGGGAUCCAUAGUCGGUUCGACGGUUCAUCCAUCAUCGUCGUUAUCUUUAUCACAUCAUGGAAUAUCGGGGCAAACGACUUCUCUUUAG